AUGUCGGCUCCUCAGGGAUACACCAGGCUCGGCUCGGAAAAACCCCGGACCGCAGAGCUAUCGAGUGAAGAUGUGUUCACUCACAAAACCAAGCUGGAUAAAGCCCGCGAGACACUGUCCUACGUGUGCUUUCUGAUGGUUCAUCGAAACCAUGUUUUUGAGCCACUCGAGUAUUUGCUGAUAUGGUGCGAGGAUCUGCAGUUCCUCAUGUUCUUCUUUGCGCCCAACGCGGCUUUCAGCAUUCCAUCAUCGAUAUCAUCGUUUGCCGAAGUCCAGUAUCAGAACAUGGAUCCGUACCGCUACAUCUUCUUUUUCCUGAUAUCGUCUCUGUGUGUCCUCGCACUGGGUUUAUCGAUGAUCUAUGUUGGCGUUGGAAUUGCAUCGGGACAUCAUCGGAUGAUCUGGCCUCUGAGAUUGGCUCGACUUCUCGCUACGUUCCUGCCUUCGGUGCUCUUUUUCCCGAUACUCGGACUCCUGACCAGCGCCAUGAACAGAAUCAGCACACCAUGGCCCAUGGUCGGGGUGGUGGUCGUCAUGCUGGGAAUCUCCCUGCGAGAGUUCCUGAUGGUUUUGAUAGCAAUAAUUACCAUUGCUUGCUACAUUCCUGUUUCGCUCUGCCUCACUCUCGUAUUCCACGAUAUCAACCCAAUCAUCAAGGGCCCAACAUCCAAGGCUCACGGGAGAGUCGACUUCUUCUACUGCAUCAUCAAAGUCAUCACAACGACAAUCUGGCGAUGUACUAGCAUCACCAGUCCCAGCGGCCCCUUGAUCCGCUCGCUAACCCUGCUGGUGGCAUCGAUUCUCCUGCUUUCGUCGACGCUCUUGGAAAUCAACCACAUGCGGGUCGGCACCUACGUCACUGCCUUGUUUAUUGGCAUGAUCAACGUGCUUGCGGCCAUAAGCUUCCAGACGACUGGGAUUGUUCUCGGAAAUACAUCGUUCAUCAUUAUGGCGUCGGCUCUGAUCCCGCUCUAUGCCGCGGGUUUCAUGCUGAGUCACUUCGUCUUCGGCUACAUCCAAAAAUCAACCAUCGCCGCUCUCGGAAACCAAGCAGCCAUCAAGUCGGACCCAAACUUUCUUGUGUUCCAGCACUGGACACAUGUCGAAAUCACGGCACGAUACUAUCUCGCCGAUACCGACGCGCGAAGAUCCAAAGUCAGUCCGCUCCAGCUGGACCGCAUCAUUGCUGUCUUCAAGCGUGGGACCAAGGAGUUCCCAAGCCACCCGAUGAUCCUGGCAAGCUAUGCCAACUAUCUUUACAACACACAGUCGAUCAAACUUGACGGAGAGCGGCUUUUGUCCAAGAUCUACGCCCUCCAGCCCGCACCAGAUAUCAAGUUCCACGUUUAUUAUCUGAGUCAGAUCAUUUCGCAGGAGCACCAGGAGGAUGUGCCCGCUAGCCUUCUCCGACAAGAUGCCUCUGCCUUUGCCGAAUAUCAGAAGGAGCUUGAAAUAUGCAAGAGUAACUAUAUGAUAUCGGUUCAGAAGCAAACUGUGCUGUGGCAACUGCUCUGCGAUAAGAAUCACAGCUCUGGGGAUCUGGAGACUGUUGCCAUGGAGCUGUACAACUCGUCUCUGAAGGCUGACGGGGCAUUCAAGAAGCUCCUGGGCAGAUAUCCAAAAGCAAAGUCCAUUCUGAAGAACUAUGCAAUGUUUUGCACAGAUAUUAUGCAAGAGUCCUCAAAGGCGCGCAUACUGGAGCGGCGCUUAGCAAUCCUCGAAGGGGAGGAUGAUGAGAAUCGCCUGGGAGAAUCGCCAAUCACAGAUUCUGUCGAGAAAAACUCGAGUGGAGAAGAGGACUCUGGUGACAGCAGGUCCAAUAUCGAAUCAUCCUCGAUUGACCAGAAUUCGAAGCAGAACGGCGGGAGCUUUUCGAGCAUAGGAAGAAAAGUCGCCCACGACGGCAAGAAGAUGCAGGCCGCAAACAAGCUCCGCAAGUCGCUGCUCAAGCACAACGAAAUGCGGAUCACCACAUUGCGAUACGCCUCCGCCGCCGUGGGCUUCAUAUCGGCGGUCAUUUUCUGUGCUAGCUUCGUGGUGUCGAUCAUACAGCUGCAAGUGUUCAACUGGUCGCUGACGCUGCUCAAUUGGCUGAAGCUGAGGGAGUACUACACCGCACUCCAGCCUCUCCGGCUGAUUCAAAUGAGAGUGGCAUACCAAAAUAACGAUUCGGUCACAUUCAACAACAUACAAACCCAGUUUCGACAAGAGCUCUACAACUUUUCGAGCGUGUCCGAGGACCUGUACUUCAAUCGAUAUUUGGCUGGUCAAUCAUUGGACCCUGGACAGAUCAUAACCGUCUUCCUGCUCACGUUGCCAUCGAUCCAGUCGCUGACCCCGAUACAAGGAACCAUCUACUCUGUCACUCAGGGCCUGAUCAGCAGUGCGUGGUCGAUGCUCGAUCUCGGAAUCACAGACUUUGCCAAUGUUACUUCCGACCCGAACUAUCGCUUUAUCAUGGACAAUGCGUGGACCAUUCAAGAAACUGCUUAUCAACCGUCGAGCCAAGUCCUUUUCACCACGGCACUGAGCGAAUCUGUGUUCUUGGCCAAGAUCUUUGUGUAUCUGCUGACGGUAGUCCAGAUCGUGAUGGUCAUGGUCUUGAUUGUCCUGUUCGACCGCAAAGUCGGCGAGUUCCGACGUGCGCAGAAGAGCUCGCUCCGAGUCUUUCGGCAAAUACCGCAGCAUGUGUCGCUAAACACUCUCCAGAAAGUUCGCCAGUCAGGCAGCUACCAGAUGUAUCCCUGCAAUGAAGAAGACUCCUCCGGCUAUCUCCUCGGACACAACAGUCUGCGCUCUCAGAAAGGAAAGGCCGCCAAGCAUCAAGACAGGUGGUUCUAUAUGGCAUACAUGCUUACCACUGUGGGCCUCUCCGUUGCAUUUGCAUAUCUCAACAUCAGUAGCUUCGACUCGGUGCUGACCAAUGCCACGGACAUUUCGCAAGUUUGCAACUUCAUUAUGGACAUGAUCAACUCGGUGGCGCUGCUGAGUUCAAUGUCGGAUGUUCCCUUCGCCACGCAGAGCUGGGGUACCGUGGCCAAUGCGUUCUCUGUAUACUCAAGCCAGACCGCAACCAUGACCCAAGCAUACCGAAACAUCAAGUUUGGAGACGCCAUCAUUCCUCUCAAGUUUUUCCAAUAUCCGCCAUUUGUCGUGCAGAUGCUGACCGGAAGCGCCGGGAUUACUUGUUUGCCGUACGACUCGUCGCUGUGUCAGCUCGGCGCCCGAAACUUCAACAACUCGAUUGGCUACAGCUACGAGUCCGUGACCAGUGGACUCUUCCGACUCAGCAACCAAAUGCUGAAUUGCCAAAUCACUCAGGGGAUGGUUGUCGCGGCCGGCCGGCCCAUCAGCGCAAUCAACCUGGCAUUUGUCAAGGCGACGCUCGAGCCCGACUUUGUCCAGGGAUGGCUCCGAAUCGCACGCAACCUCAACGACUCGACUCAGUCGAUCAUGGCAACGUUUGAAAAUAGCAUCAUCAUCAUCUCGCUGCUCUCUAUUGCUGUGAUUGUCGUGGGACAAGUACUGGUUCUCCAGAGUGUCAUCAGGAGUAUCAAACUUACAGACCUGAGCAUGAUCGAGAUGAUUAUCAGGCUUCCGCUCGAGGCCAAGGAACGGCCCGAGUUUGCAGACAUGGCCAAGACAGUGGAGACUCCGACGUCGUUCUUUGGACGAAUCUUCUUUCUCUUUGUCCAAAAGAAGUCAAAGCCCGAUUCCAAGCGCCGCGACGCAGGGCCAACCUCCUCAAAGGGAUUCGAGCAUCGCCGCCGGUCCGUCGUCCAGCCCAUCAUCGAGUUUGGGUCCGGCCAGCUCAACACCAGUCCCUCGUACGGUUCACACAUGUCCACGCGAAUCCAUCGCCGCAGCGACGUCUCGGAUGUGUACUUGCGGUCGGAGAGCCGAGUCGAGUCCUCGGCCAAUGUCAGUUUCCCGCAGAGCCGCACGAUGGGGGACGACUCGAUGCCUGCGCUCCCAACCGAAAAGUCCAGCUUGGUCCGGAGCGUCCCCGAACUGGUGGUCCAUGCGCUCAGCGGCUCGUCCGAGGUGCAGCUGCCCGAGUCCAGGACCCUGGGACCCUCAGCCCACGACCAGUCGGCGCUAUCUUUUGCGGCCUCGGGAUCGUACAUCGAAGCCAGCACCGAGAUCAUCGCGACAUCAUCGAGUACAAGAACGCCGUCGGUCGACGUCACGUCCCAGGGUUUGAUGCCACCGCCAGCGUCCCAGGAAUACCGAGAAUGAGGCGGCGAUCGAUCGCUGGCGGUGGACACAUGGUGUGCCAACCACAG